AUGGCUCGAAUUUGGCGUCCCGGUCAAUCUCGUCCGGUUCGUCUCUACCGGUUAGUCACAUGUGGGGGCCUUGAAGAACGCAUGUUUCAACGGCAGGCGGCCAAACUUGCUUUGUCGCACAGCACGUUAGAUGCCCCAUGGGAUGAAUCACCGUCAUUGUCUGAUGCGAACACGAUGAAACGCUCGGGUGUUUUGACUCGAGAAGAAUUGCGCGACUUAUUUCAAUCUCCCAGUCCGGAAUGGGUUUCUUGGACACACGAAUUGAUUGAAUGUUCAUGCCAAGAAUCUGUUCUCUGUUCCAGUCCAUCUUUGUCUACGGAUAGUGAUGCUCCUGCGGACCCAAACCCCGAAAGCGAAACGAUACCAGACGAAGAUGAAUCUGAUGAACGAUGGUGUCAACUCGGUCCCACCAUCCUUGGCAAAGUGACACAAUCAAGCGUGGCACACAAGACCUCGAAAUCCGAAUCUUUGGCAUAUCUGCUGAACUGGACGCAUAGCUUAUCGGAGCGUGCGAUCGCAGCUUUAGGCGAUCCGCUUUUGAUUGCCCCUGUUGUCGAUGCAAAUUCGAAUACUUGGCCUGUUUGUGCAGUUUUCUCAAAAGUCACAUAA